AUGAGCCCUCCCACCUUCAUGGGCCUGACGGGCCGGCCCUUGUCGCUGGCCGUGUCAACCGUUGCGACGACUGGGUUCGUUCUUUUCGGUUAUGAUCAGGGUGUCAUGUCUGGCAUUAUCUCGGCCAAGCCCUUCAACGACAUGUUCGAGGCGACCCGUGACAACCCUACUAUGCAGGGCACCGUUACCGCCAUCUACGAAAUCGGCUGCCUGAUCGGCGCCAUGUUCAUCCUUGCUGUUGGUGAUCUGCUGGGUAGACGCCGUGCUAUGAUCAUCGGAGGCGUUAUUAUGAUUCUUGGUGUCAUUAUUCAGAUCACUGCGGGACGACAUGCGACACCCCUUGCACAGUUUAUCGUGGGCCGAGUCGUCAUGGGUGUCGGGAACGGCAUAAACACAUCGACCAUCCCAACGUACCAGGCCGAGUGCAGCAAGACAUCUAACCGUGGCCUGCUUAUCUGCAUCGAGGGUGGUGUCAUCGCCUUUGGUACCGUCGUCAGCUACUGGAUCGACUAUGGUGCUUCUUAUGGCCCUGCUGACCUGACCUGGCGCUUCCCCAUCGCCUUCCAGAUCGUCUUCGCGCUCAUCGUCUCCAUCCCCAUGAUCUGGUUGCCCGAGUCCCCGCGCUGGCUUCUCACCCACGAGCGCUACGACGAGGCCGAGGUCGUCAUCUCGGCACUCCGAGGCUACGACGUCGGCUCGCGCGAGACUGCCCUUGAGCGUGACCUGAUCAUUGACAGCAUCCGGGCCUCCGGCAAUGCCCAAAAGUCGACCCCCAUCAAGGCCCUCACCACCGGUGGUCCUACCCAGCACCUACGCCGUGCCCUGCUCGGUGCCAGCAGCCAGCUUAUGCAGCAGAUUGGCGGCUGCAACGCCGUCAUCUACUACUUCCCCAUUCUUUUCGAGCGCUCCAUUACCCAGGGUGACCACAACAUGGCCAUGUUAAUGGGUGGCGUCAACAUGAUCAUCUACGCCAUCUUUGCCACCACCUCGUGGUUCGUUAUCGAACGUGUCGGCCGCCGCAAGCUCUUCCUCUGGGGAACUCUCGGCCAAUGCCUCAGCAUGGUCAUCACUUUUGCCUGCCUCAUCAACAAGUCUGGUCUCAACCCCCGUGGCGCCGCCGUCGGCCUGUUCACCUACAUUGCCUGCUUUGGAGCCUCGUGGUUGCCUCUGCCUUGGCUCUACCCAGCGGAAAUCUCACCUGUCAAAACUCGAGCCAAAGCCAACGCCGUCAGCACCUGCACUAACUGGCUCUUCAACUUCCUCAUCGUGAUGGUCACCCCGAUCAUGAUCAACAGCAUCGACUGGGGCACUUACCUCUUCUUCGCCGCAGUCAACGCCUGCUUCAUUCCCAUCAUCUAUUUCUUCUACCCGGAGACGGCCCGGCGCUCCCUGGAGGAGAUCGACAUCAUCUUCGCCAAGGGCUACGCCGAGAACAUCUCGUACGUCAAGGCCGCCGAGGAUCUGCCGCUGCUGUCCCACGAGGAGAUCGAGGUUUACGCGCUCAAGUACGGCCUGAUCCGUGACGGCGCCUCGCAGGGUGACAACUCUGUCGCUGGCGGUGUUCUGGGCGGUGCUGCUGGUGCCGGCGGUGACACCGAGAAGCGAGGGUUCAUCAGCCCCGAAAGCGGUAGCACCAGCCGCGAGGGCACGGUCAACGAGGACAACUCGGCUAACAAGGACGGUGCUGAUCGCGGUUAA